CAACUUAAUUCUUUUUUUUUAUUGUUUGACAGUUCACGAUACAAAAGUGCAAAAGAGGAAUGACAGCAAUAACCACAUUUUAAUAAAUAAGUGAUUAAAAAUAACAGUGAACUUCAGACUUGUGGGCGACAACAAACAGCCAAAUGAGAGAAAAUGAUUUCGGCUCUGAAUGUUUGAUGUUUUUCUCCCUGUCUAAACGGAUUUAUUGAUUAUUAUCGAUCCCUCUGUAUCCCUGCGAUCUGAGGCGUGUCCGCGCCGGCCGCCAUGUUCUCCCGUGACGUCAUCAAACGGGAAGUGAGCUCGUUGUUCUCCAUGGUUGCUGCCUGGAUGCGGUGCGGGAGGCUCGCGGACCAAAACAACUCCUCCUCUCCGGUUCUUCCUCCUCUUCCUCCUCUUUCUCCUCGCGGACGAUGGACGGGUGAGCGCGGGGAAACCACCCCGAACACUCCCGCAGCUGCUUUUCCGUCCUUCCUCCCUCGCGUUUCCUUGGCGACUGAACCGCACCUGCGCGAGCCGCUGGCUCAGUCCCCGCUCCUGUUUGUUGUUGUUUGUUGUUGUUUACUUGUUUCCUGAAACGUUCUCCCGUUUUCCCGCCUCUCCCCUCUCCUCUACGCGCCGUUUUCCCGCUCCUCGCGCGCUGGUUGUCGCUCGUGUUUCGCUUUUUCUGGUUUUGUUUUGGCUGAAAGUGUCGCGAGCGAAGAGUGACGAUUCAGCGGCGGGGUUUGAUUGGCUGAAAUCCCGCGAUAACUGCGUGCACACGUACAGAAGCGACUCUUUCAUUUUCUGUGAAUCUCUUCGUGUUUUAGUCUUUUAAAAAGUCCUGAUAUGUUCUCAGUCGACUGUUCACGUGCUUACGCUCCUCACGUGCCCGAAACUAACCGAACAUGAAUCAGUGUUUACUCGCUCCGUCAGCUGCUCUGCGAACAUGAGCACGUCCAACCUGUCCACAGUGGAUGGCACUGAUAGGCUGUGUGUUUCGUCUCGGGUCCUUCACCUGCGCCAGCUUCCCGCUGACGUCUCUGAACAGGAAGUGCUCGCUCUGGCGCUUCCUUUCGGCCAAGUUAGUAAGCUGCUAACGCUGAAGGCCAAAAACCAGGCAUUUUUAGAAAUGGCAUCAGAGGAAGCAGCUGUUGCCAUGGUGAACUACUACACCUCAGCCACACCCACCAUCAGGAACCAACCAAUCUUCAUUCAGUACUCCACCCACCGCGAGCUCAAGACUGACAAUCUGACUAAUCAGAGAGCUCAUCCGGCGCUGCAGGCCUUCAGUGCAGCAGCAGUGCAUUCUGGGAACAUGGCGUCAGGAGGGGAGGGGCGGGGCUUAGCUCCCGGUCAGAGUCCCGUCCUGAGAAUCAUCGUCGAGAAUUUAUUUUACCCGGUGACGCUGGAGGUCCUGCAGCAGAUCUUCAGUAAGUUCGGCUCGGUGCUGAAGAUCAUCACGUUCACCAGAAACAAUCAGUUUCAGGCUCUGCUGCAGUUCAGCGACGCCGUGCACGCUCAGCACGCCAAGGCUUCUCUGGACGGUCAGAACAUCUAUAACGGCUGCUGCACGCUGAGGAUCGACUUCUCCAAACUGAGCGCGCUCAAUGUGAAGUACAACAACGACAAGAGCCGAGACUUCACCAGAGCCGACCUCCCGACCGGAGAGCUGGACCCCGCCUCCGCCUUCGGUGUAGCUCUCCCUCCAUACGGAGCAGCAGCUUUCCCGCCCACCUUCCACCAACACACAGGUCUGUCGAUGGCGGCCGUCCCCGGCUCGUUGGUGUCUCCUCCUCGGGUCUCGCUGCAGGUGGCGCCCCCUGCUGUCCACUCGGUGCUGCUGGUGUCCAACCUGAACCCAGAGAGCGUCUCACCUCACUGCCUCUUCAUCCUGUUUGGUGUUUACGGGGACGUUCAGAGAGUGAAAAUCCUCUUCAACAAGAAGGAAAACGCUCUGGUUCAGAUGAGCGACGCCACUCAGGCUCAACUCGCGAUGAGUCACCUGAACGGCCAGCGUCUCCAUGGUAACGUGAUUCGGGUGAUGUUGUCCAAACACCCGGUGGUGCAGCUGCCUCGCGGGGGGGCGGGGCAGGAAGAACAGGCGCUGACUCGGGACUUCUCAGGCUCCGCCCUCCACCGCUUCAAAAAACCCGGAUCCAAAAAUUUUAACAACAUCUUCCCUCCGUCGGCCACGCUGCACCUGUCCAACAUCCCCUCGUCGGCGGCGGAGGACGAGCUGAAGGAUUUGUUCUCCGCCGGUGGAUUCACAGUGAAAGCCUUCAAGUUUUUCCAGAAGGACAGGAAGAUGGCUCUGAUGCAGCUGGCGUCGGUGGAGGAAGCCAUCGAGGCGCUCAUCGCUCUGCAUGACCAUCAGCUGGACCACAACCAGCACCUCCGAGUCUCCUUCUCCAAGUCCACCAUCUGACCUUUGACCCCAGGAGACUCUCCACACACAGAUGUAAGGAGGGUCGGCCGUUUAACCUCCGUGUUUACGAACUAUUAGCCUGUUAGUUUCGAGCUUAGCUCGUUAUCAUGACGUGUUCAGACGGCUGAAGCUGAACAGCAGCGCGUAAAUUUAGAUUUAGAGAUAAAUGUUUUAAAUGUAUUACAGUGAUCUUAGAGGCCAGAACAGGAAGUGGUCUCGCUGCACGCUGGACCUGCUGCUGCUGAAGUCUUUAUGUUAGCGGGACACGUUCAGGUGAGUUAGUGUUGCAGGAACGGCCCAGGUCCUCGUCACGCUGCGGGCGGUCAGCGUUUACGUCUGUCUGACAACACGGACCCGUUGUUAUCACUGUACGCCGUUAAUGUGCUGAACAGAAAGAUUGACAGCUUAGCAACAGUAACUACGGGGGGCGGGGCUUAGUGAAUUGAAGGGUCAAUAUUGGUCAGAAUCAAACUGCACUUUUCUCACCUAAUUCGUUCAGCCCUGUCGGCGCCCGACUUGUACCACGCAUGUGUGAACAUUAUACUUUAUGGAAGCUAGCAAGCUUUAAAAAAAACUUUAUUAACAAAACAAUUUUAUACAAAUACACUACAAGUCAAUACAAAUAACAAUACAGGGAGUAUUUGAGGAAAAAUCACUCACACAAGCAGAAACAUAAAUUGUACAACGUAAUACAGAAGUCACGAUACGUAGCGAGCGCCUGUUUAAAGAUUAUUUAAGGCUUGUUAUCGAUCGCCGUAGCAGACGUCGCUCUGUCUCAGAUCACUAACUUACUCAUCUGAACGCCGAAACCAACCAACUCUCUCAAAGCGACGUACAAAAUCCCGCAAUUCUCUUCAGGCAGCCGCACCUACAAGCCCUACUGUGGCUAACAGCUAACUAGCUUAAAUGCAGGCUAAAAGUCAAGGCUAACAUGCUAAUUGUUAACUAAAGUCAAAGCUAACAGGCUAGUAGCUCGUUAGCAUCAGUGCUGAAGUUGUGACCCUCCGCUGGACUUUGACUGUUUUUCUUUCGGACCCCUUCAUCUGACCUUUGACCUUUGGACUGACUAAGCAUCCAGACUCAGGGCUUCUGAUUGGCCCGUGGAGGGAACAAGCGGACCAAUGGGAGAGCCCCAUCGCCACCGAGCUUUCUGUGCCUACAAACACUCUGAUAUCACGGUGACGGGCGACGACACACGGACCAGGCGUGUCGCCAUGGUUACAGAGCACAUUCCUGAGCGCCCAGUAGCAAUGCAUUGUGGGUAGUGGAGUUCAACAAGGAGCUAAUGUGAGUUGAACUUUUAUUGUCUAAAUGUUAAACGAAUGCAGAAAAAAAUCAUUUUAAAGUUAAAAAGAGAAUUUUCAAAAUAAAAUCUGCUUUUUCUCAAAAUGCCCAAAUGACGGAAAUAUUUAAUUUUCUUUUUAUAUAUUUAAAGUUACUCAGCAUGGAUAAAAAUUGGUCUUUGAUUUUUAUUAAUUAUUGAUUAUUAUUAAUGUAGAAUUGUAGGUGGCUGCGAUCUCAACCUUCCUCUGUGCCUUAUUUCUCUGAAUUCUGCUGGUUUUUGAUUUUUUGGGUGGUGUUUGGGUGGAGUCUUGGUGGCGGCUCAUGUUGAUCUGACUUUGGAUUUUUUUGUAGAAUUUUUUCACUUAGUAAAAAAUAUUUUUUUGUUAUUUGUCGUAUUGUCGGUAUAUAUUUUUUGGGAAGGUUUUUUAUUCAUGAAUGUAUUUAUACUGUACAACAUGAAAUAGGUAAUGCUUUUGAUGUCCCGCCCACCUGUCGCACCUGCGUGUGUGUAUUUAUAUGUGUGUGUAUAAAUAUAUCUCUGUGUGUGUGUGUGUGUAUCAAGCUGAGCUGUGAUUGGUUGAUCUUCAAAUGUCCCACCUUCUUCUUUUCUAUUAAAAACAGAUUUAAUUCAGAUCCAGCUCUUGUUUUUUAGAUUAUUUUUGCUCCACCGUUUAAGAAACUUUGUGGCCGUUUUUAUUUUCAUUUUAUGGAUUUCUGGCGUUGAUGAUUUUCUUUAAACAGGAAAUAAGCCACUAAAAACAGGAAGCUGCUGAUUCCCAAUUUGCCUUCUGACCUCUGACCUUUGGUUAAAUGUUGUAGAUAUAGAGUGAAAGGGCGGCGUUGGCUAAGCUCUGCGUUGUUGGGUUUCUUUUGUUUCAGCAGAUAGAUUCCAAAAUACAUUUUUAAUUAGAAUUUUUGGAAACGUCUGAAAAACGUUUUAAAAUUAAAUUAGGUGAUUAUGAAGCCUUGAAAAAAAGAGGGGGGCGGGGUCAAACCAAGCCAAAGUUUGCGUGCCUUUUAAUUGGACCAACUCGUUCUCCCGUUAUGGUGUCACUUCCUGUUUAAAUGGCUUUCGAAACAGGUUUUUACUUCUUACAUUAAGUCAUUUUUAACUUGCUACUCGUAACACAAAACAUAUUUUAACGUAUAAUUAUGUACAUUUUAAGGUUUUCAUGUCUUCGUGUAAUUCAAGUAACGAGUUACAAAACUUGUUUCACAGGAAGUGAAAGUGUUUUUGUCCUCCGUUUUCCCCACAUCAGAGCUGUGACGUCACAUCAGAGCUGUGACGUCACACGUCUUAUAAAGGUGGGGUUUUGUUGAAUGGAAUGUAGCCCCGCCCCCAUCUGCACGUAGCCCCACCCAUUCCAUCGUACCACACGCCCCGUGAUGUGGUAACCAAUCAGAACCAAAGGAAGCCGGCAUCUCCGCCUACUCUGUUAAAUUUCCCAGCAUGCAUUUCAAAACUUCAUUAAACGUUUCUCGUCGCUGUUGUUGGUGAGCGCUGAGUCGCUGUUUGUGUUUUAAAUGUUGACGUCACACAUUGUAACAUGAAACACAGCGACAGACAUUUUACACGUGUGAAGUUGUGAGAAGUUACAGGUGAAACGUUAGUCGUUUGUAACGUAGCUACACACACAGCUGGAACAGCUGCGUACACUUAUUAACGUGUAAUUAUAAGUACUGUAACAUGUUCUGUGUCAAAUAAUAACUACUGAACUUGUAUCUCACGUAGUUUUGACACGUUACUUGUUACACUUUACAAUACAUGUAAUUAUAAGUAUUGCAAGACGUUACACGUUAAAUACUAAAGUAGUAUCUUACAUACGCAGAUGUAAAAAAUACUUGUUACACGUUACAAUACGUAUAAUAUGUAAUUAUAAGCAUACUUACACAACAUACACUACACGCUAAAACCCGCGUAUUGUAAAGUGUAGCACUGUAACUGUAGCUAACACGUUCCAGUGCUCGUGAGCUGGUUGUACAACUGUUGUCACAUGUUAUAAUGCAUGACGUAUGCCGGCCUUUGACUUGCGGUACUUGUUACACGGUACAGAACGCGAAGUGUAAAAUGUUACGUUUACAUCAAAGUGUUUGUUACACACUCGCUACAUGUAACCGGUGUGUAACGCGAGUAUCGCUGGAAAAUAAAGACGUAAGAACAGAAAACUGUUUGAAACCCGUUCAGAUGUUCAGAUACAGUCUUAGUUAAUUAAAACCGGUUUUAAUCAUUUAGAAUAUGUUCGCUGGUUUAUUAUUAGUUAUCCACAAAUUUACUUUGAAGUUUAUUUUUUUCCUUUGACACUUUAACGGCAUAAAACUCAACCCGAACUGUUUUUAUACCCAGAUGUACCCUUUGUUUUUUAUGCUAAUGAAUGUAAAGUACCUGUGGUGCAUUGUGGGACUGUUAUUGUUAUAUGAAAUAUUUUUUAAUAUUGAACCAGUGCAUGAAGGAGGGGGGGCUUUUAUCUGUGCUUGAUCCAGAAACAAAACAUGGAUUUUUAUUUAUACUGAAAGUGUGACAGGAAGUUGUAGCAUGAAUCACUGAAAAAUUAAAUAAAUCAUUGACAACCAA